CUUUACUUUGAUAACCCUUUAUUUACCUGUUUCCAUUGUUAACUUUCUAUUUAUCUCUUUACUUUGAUAACCCUUUAUUUACCUGUUUCCAUUGUUAACUUUCUAUUUAUCUCUUUACUUUGAUAACCCUUUAUUUACCUGUUUCCAUUGUUGACUCCCUUUAUAUCACAUUAAAUCCUUCCUUUACUUAUGUUCUUUACACUUUGGAACUUCUUUACAUUGUUGACUCUUUUGAUACUGAAGUUGUCCCCUUUUCAGACUGUGGUUUAUCCUUUAGAUAUAUAUGAUUGGUUAUUGGGUGGAUUUAAUGUAGCUUUCGAUACUGUAAGGUUAAUUAAGAGCCCCAAAUUGUUUCUGCGUGACGGUGUAUUUUUCAUGAACAAACCCUGAACUGUAUCUGCGUGCUGAUGUUUCUUUCACAAACCACGAACUGUAUCUGCGUGCUGAUGUAUCAUUCAUCGUCCUAUCACUGAAAGCCAAUGUGUCUUUCAUGAAUGAAUUGUGAACUGUUUCUAAAUGGUUAUGCUGUUUUCUUGAACUAUAUUUGUUUGUCUAUAUAAUGUAUUUCAUGAUCUCCAAAUGUGUCGUGUGUGUCGACAUUUCUUUCGCUAACAUUUUAUUGAACUGCAUGUUUUCACCCUCUCGAUUUCCUCUCCCAGUCGAGCCCCACAUGCCCCACGACCCAAUGGCAGGUGGCUACAACCCCGAACUGGGCAUGCCUCCGAACCAGUUCCCGCCCGAACCGCCUCACGACGGCUACGACGGUGGUGCCAGCACAGACGAACCCCCCUCAUCGGGCCGCCGCAGCAACGACACGCUGGAGCAGCCGGUCAUCCUGGGCAUCGUUCUCGGGGCGUUGCUGCUGGCUCUGGCCGUGCUGAUGGCGAUGUGCUGGUGGAAGCAGCAGCAGCAGAAGAGGAGGAACCUAGCCAGCAACCCACAGAAGUUCCAGGACCAGUCCCAGUGUAUCUACGCCGACGCCUCGGGCCACUCCAAACCCAACGGCGGCCUCUACCCUCCCAUCAACGGAGGGCCACAUAUGGCCAACGGACACGGCCCACCGCAGGACUCGGGCGGCCACCCGCGGCACGGCUGCAUGAACAUUGACGUGAACCCGCUGGCGGAAUACGACAUGCAGACGUCUGUGCACGGAGACAGGCGGCCGCCACAGUUUUAUGGGAACUCAAAGCGCUACGGAGGAAAAUAUGGCCUACAUGGAACAAGGCAGCGGAGGAGGCGUGUAUCCGAUGCAGCACCGCACGCUUCCCCUCGCCCCGUCUCAGCCACUGACCACCUUCUACGCAGACUCAGGCUCCAACUCUCUUGGCCGACCCUCGCUCAACCACGAAUACUCGGAGCCGGGCGAGCGAGAAAUGAUGACCGCGACCUCAUCAGGGAUUCCUCGCUCCAGUCCGGGGCUCCCCCCUCACCACCACCACCUCCACCAAUCGUCAUCUUCCGCGGCUAGCUAUAACGGGAAGCUUAGUUCUGGAGGAGGGAGUGAGAGAGGAGGAGGAGGAGGGGGACUUAAUAAUAUGAUGGUCGGACACCGCCCUCACCACGCUGCCGAAUACGACUACGAUUGGUCGGCGGGUAACUCGUACGAUCAGCCGCGAGGCGGCGGAUUGGGAGCGGGAGGAGUGGGAGGGGAGACAACCGGUGCUCUCGGUGUGUCGUCUUCGUUAUCGCAAGACCGCCUCCCUCCGACCUACCACACAGCCUCUGACUUCGGUGGCGGCAGUAACAACAACAUCAACAACAACAACAACAACAACAACAACAGCGGCCACAUGCUGUACCCCCCUCCUCCCCCUCCCCACCUGUCUUCAUUGUCGCAACAGCAACAGCAACUACAGCAACCCUCCCAGCGUCUGACCACCUCCGUUUCGUCGUCGGGUUCGAGUCGUGGCCACCCUGUGUCUGCGCCCUCUUACCCCGCCCGGCCCGGACUCCCUCAUGGUGGGGAGGUAGAAUCCCGCGGUGGGGGAGGAGGAGGAGGAGGGGACAGGGGAGGUAAGCAGAGGAGGGCACGUUUGAGUUCACCUCGUACUGCAAGUCGGGCUCCAGCUCCAACUCGGGGUCGGAGGUCGGGGCCAAUGGCUGUGACUCUAAUUUUGGAAACAACGGAAGUUUGGAGAGCAUCGAGGACUCGGCGCAGUCAGCCUCGAGUGCGGAGAGCGACGAGUUUGAGCCUCUGAGGGUGACUCACAGAUCGGUUCCAUUGUGAUAUAAAAAACAAAACAAAAACAAAAAACAAUAUGGAACAAAGAUAAACAGCGGAACUAAAACGCUGCGAGUUCAGUAAAAAAACCUGUUGUGAGCUUUUGUGUGAUGAGACGGAGAGAGAGAAGGGUUGUUGGUGUCGUCAGCUGGUUUCUACUUUCCACGGAGUGGAGAUUUCGUGUGAGUGAAUUUUGUCGUGUCAUAUAUAUAUAUGUGUUUCUUGGGCCCCCCUCCGGUGGGAUGUGUCGUCAUUUCCUUCUCGCAUGUACGUCGGAGCUGAGCUGGUGAAGUAUCGCUUCGUGAAGAUACAAUGUUUGAUGAAAAAGUCAAUGAAGGGAAUUGACAGCCACUGCAAGCAAGCAAGCAAGCAAGCACAAAUUUGAAUGCUGUCUUUUCGCUGAGAGUAUUAGUUGUCAAGCCUUGAUUUUUUUAAUAUUUAAAAAAUCAAAAUAAGAGCUGGACUAAACUGCUUUCAGAUUCUCUUAGUAGAAGUGUGCACAGCAGGAAGGAAGGUGUUGGCGUACUAUAUUUGUGUGAAGUGGUCUGUUACUGUAAAUACGCGAAAAACUACGUGUGGAGUGUUUGUUACUUCACAGGACAUGGUACAAGCCGCACGCACGUACAACUGAGAAAAAAAUAUAACGAGAAUAAUACGGAAGAAAAACGGGGGCCCAAGAUUAUGUGUAAAAAAAACACACAACAAAAACAAAACUUUGUGACUUCGCUCACACUUGCGUUACUCUACUGAGACUUCUCGCGCUCGCGUGAGAUUUGUGUUGAGCCACCGACGACGAAAACGGCGACGAUGCUGACUGACAGAUGGAUGGAACUGACUUGUCGCGACGAGAGACGACAAGAGAAAGUAACUCUGGUCGGUGAUAAAGAACUGUGAGAACAAGAGUUGUCUUCCCUGAUAACGAUGAUGAUUUUACCAGCACCACCAGCGAUCCGUGCUUCCACAUAAGCCUCGCACACACACACCCGCUCUUCAUUCAUAGAACGAUGAUAUGUCAAUAGUUGUUUUUUCUCAUCGCGUUUUGUUUUUUUUAAUUUGUUUUUUUUUUGGUGGUAAUUUGUCUAUGUGGUUUGGUUUUUUAAUAAUUUUGUUGUUGUAUUUGUUUGGGGGUUUUUGGUGGGUUUUUUUUCUUUUCUGUUGUUGUUUGUUUUGUACUUAUCCUCAAUAAUUGCAGCCCUUAGAAACGAGAGAUUUUGUCCCAUUCUGUAUAAUAUGUAUUAUUGGACGUAUUGAUUUGUACAUUUAAAUCCCAUAAUUCAUCA